AUGGCUAGUGGCAUAAUAUGUAGCAUUUGUAUAGCACAAAGCUGUUUGCUCAUUGGUUACCCGCAACAAAGUGUUGGCCAAUCAAAACAGCUGCAUUGCAAAGCUUCGCCAAAAUCAUGGAGACUGCAAGUAAGUGGUGCAAUUGCAUCUCGCAUUUUGUACUUCAAUAACAAGCACGUUCCCAUCACAGUUGCCAUCAACAAUGAAUUGGAGCAACGCAUAUCCGAUGCCUUUUGCAUAUUCGAUCACCACGGCGAUAAACGCAUCGAUAUACGCGAAGUGGGCACAGUGUUGCGCUUCCUUGGCUGCGUGCCUACCGAGCAGGAAAUCAAUGAAGUCAUAGCAGCAACCGAAAUGGAGGAAUCUGCAGGCGAUGUACAUCUCUCCAAAUUUAUGCCGCAUGUGGCGCAAUUGUUAGCUGAACGCAAAAUGGAACCAGCGUCACCUGAAAAAAUCUUAGCUGCCUUUCAAGUCUUGGAUCCAGAGCAAAAGAGCUACAUAACCAAAGAGUAUAUGAGUAAGAUGAUGAUGGAGGAAGGUGAACCGUUCACACAGGAAGAACUCGAUGAAAUGCUUGCCGUAGCCAUUGAUCCCCUUACCGGUAAUAUACCCUACGAGUUCUAUAUCAAUCAGCUAAUGCAUGCACAUAAAGAUUCAAUUUUUGAGCUUGCGAAAAGUUUAGUAGUUUCCAAACAAAAAGAUAUGAAACGCGCAUCAAAACGCGCAGGAAGCAAAAUGAGUAUUGUUUGA